GCUGUUGGGUUGAAGGCUUUCCGGGGUGGAUCAUCGAUCUAGUCUUUUCACCCGCAGCGGAGGAAAAGGGGGGGAUCAAAAUAACCCGAAAACUCGAUUCUACAGAUGAAAUAAUGGCGACCACCAGGAACAACAACAACAACAAAAACCGUUACUGGCUUUCAAGUCGAUACAGACGGAGCGAUCUUAGGGUUUCCCAGAUCGGAUCUUUUAAGGGAUGGUUUUUAAACCAGUGCCAACCCCUCCCCCGUGAGUUUCUAUGGCCAAGCGAGGAUCUGAAUGCAGGUCUCCUUGACUCCCAGUCCCCCUUUGCUGUAGGCUACACUAAAAUCGCUCGCAAAUGCCAAUACGUGGCCUCCUCGCUCGUCUUUUCUGGUCCGAAACGACCUCGGCCGCCCUGGUCCUGCCGUGCCGCCGUCGCUGCCUCCUCCUCCUCCUCCUCCUUCUCCACAGCUCCAAACGAAGUUGUUGUGGUCCGUUGGGGCCUCCCUCUUCCUUUUUUCCCUCCUCCCAACGCUGGCUGGCUCGCCAGCCAAAGGAUUACAGAGGCAGGCGGGGUGAAAUCAAACAUGGCGGCAAUGACGGCCGGGGCUGUGUUGGCAGCGGCCGGUCCGGAGGGAGGUGGCGCUGCCGCCGCCGCGCCCGGAGCUCGCCUGCGAAAAGCGGCCGAGUGAGCGAAUCGCGCCAAACACUUCCCUCAGCAGCAGCAGCAGCAGCAACAACAGCGCCCUUUCGUCCACCCCACACGAACUCCCCCCCUAACAACCUUUCUUGCUCCCCGCCCGUGGUGGUGGUGGUCGACAUGGAGGCUGUAGGGACCGGGGAGGAAGGCGAAGAGCCUCCGAAAAGGGUCCGCGUCCUCGGUUCCGAGCUGGUGGAGAACUACACGGUAUAUAUUAUUCAAGUGAAUGUUGGAAGCCAUCAGUGGAUAGUCAAACACCGAUACAGUGACUUCCAUGACCUGCAUGAAAGGCUUGUUUCAGAAAAGAAGAUUGAUAAGAAUCUCCUGCCCCCUAAGAAGAUUAUUGGGAAAAAUUCCAAAAGUUUGGUGGAAAAAAGACAAAAAGAUUUGGAAGCAUAUCUGCAAACUCUCCUGGUCGCAUUUCCUUUAGCUGCACCCAAAGUAUUGUCACAGUUCUUACAUUUUCACUUAUAUGAAACCAUUGGGAUCACUGCUGCAUUGGCCGAAGAACUCUUUCACAAAGGAGAGCAGCUGCUUGUAGCUGGUGAAGUCUUUCAUAUUAGACCUCUGCAACUGUAUGCUAUCACUCAACAGCUGCGUCAGGGAAAGCCAACAUGUGCAAAUGGGGAUGCCAAAACUGAUCUUGGUCACAUUCUGGAUUUCACAUGUAGACUGAAAUAUUUGAAGAUAACUGGGACACGUGGAACUUUUGGAACUAGUAACAUUCAGGAACAUCUUUUACCUUUUGACCUAUCAAUAUUUAAGUCUCUUCAUCAGAUACAGAUAAACCACUGUGGUGCGAGGCUUAUUAAAGGGCUUACAUUCUCAAGGCAUACCUUAGCAACACUGAGUGUUCAGUUUUCAGCAACUUCCAUGAUGGAGGUCCUAGUGCCUGAGGCCUAUGAAUUUGACCAGUGGGAGCCAGAGGGAGCAUCUUCAAAUUGUCCCGUGACAGCAGUUAUUCCUACAUGGAGAACUUUAACAACCUUAGAUAUGAGCCACAAUAGCAUCGCUCAAAUUGAUGAUUCUGUGAAACUAAUGCCGAAGAUAGAAUUUCUGGAUUUAAGCCACAAUGAUGUGCCGCUAGUGGAAAACUUGCAGCAUCUCUACAACCUCAUUCAUCUCGAUUUGUCCUAUAAUAAGCUUGCAACAUUAGAAGGCAUUCAUACUAAAAUUGGGAACAUAAAGACUCUGAAUUUAGCAGGGAAUCAUUUGGAAAGUCUAUGUGGUCUCAACAAACUCUACUCCUUGGUUAACCUGGAUCUUAGCAACAACAAAGUGGACCAGAUUGAUGAAAUAAGGAACAUAGGAGGCCUUCCAUGCUUGGAAAAGGUUAUUUUAGCAAACAAUCCUUUGAGUAUAAUCCCUGAUUACAGGACCAAAGUGCUAGCGCAAUUUGGUGACAGAGCCUCAGAGGUUUGUUUGGAUAAUACUGUAACCACUGAAAAAGAACUUGACACCGUAGAAGUGCUGAAGGCUAUACAAAAAGCGAAGGAUGUAAAGUACAAAAUGAGUAAUUCUGAUAAAAAGAUCACUGAGGAUUCCAAGCUUUCAGCUGCCAGUUCAAAAUCAAACUGUUCCUCUCUUUCUCUACAUCCUUCCUCUCCCUCUCUGCCUCGUCCUGUCAGCUCCAGUCAAGAAAUAACUUGUAGAAAAACAGCCCUAGCAAGCAAUGUCUCAUCAAGUAGUUUGACUCCUAAAAGCCAUACAGUUACCCAAAGAUGCUCUGAAAUUUCAGAUCUAAAAAGCAGGAAUCAGGUACCUGCUUCACUAUUGGACAUGUCUAAGGAACAUGAAAAUGCCCAUCAAAUGGGCCUGGACCAUUCAGAUGUAGAACCUGAUGCCUUGCGUAACCACCUUAACACUGUUAUCCUGCCUUUCACUUGUAUCUCAUACACUGCCACAAAUCAGGAGUUUCUGCAGCAUCUCUCUGCAUUGAUUUCAGAAGCUAUGGAAAGUGCACCCCCGUUUUCAACAGAGACUCAAAAUACUGUAAACUUUGUGAGCGACUCCCGAGUUGCAGAUACAGAAGACGGCUAUUUUGAAAUGGGACUUCAUGAAGGGGACCACGUGUUUGAGUUCACCCCUGGGUUGGACAUUGUACCAAUAGCUUCCAAUAGCACAAAAACAGAACAAGAUGAUAUAGUCAAAGUCCUGUGGAGUUUUUGUAUCCAGGCUCAUAAAGGACUCCGGCAGUUUGCUUCUUGUUUGGUUCUGGCCAGCAGUGUGGUAGCUGUGUUUGAAAUUCCUCAUGAUUCCAAAGGAAACUGCCAGCAUAUUCUUUCUGCCUUGAAGCUAGCACUGUGCUUUCCAUAUUCUGACCUUACAGAAUUUGGCUUCUUGAUACCAGAAAUCUGUUUGACCCUAAGAGUGAAUAAUGGUGACACCUGCUUGUUUGUUGUCUCAGACUCUCAGAAUCUACAGGAUUUCUAUUCCUGUUUACAUAGGUCUUGCCCUCAAUGCUGCAGGCCUGCUUUAGCAAGUUCUAUGUUGUACUGUGGCAAAGCAAGUUUGCAAGAAUUUGUUUACCAGCUGAUGGGAUUUUACCACAUUUCAUCUGAAAAUACAGAGAUAAAAGGGUGCUUUCCUGUCUAUCUUUUCUGCCAUAACAAAACUGAUGCUAACAAAGUUACAUGUCAGCUGGACCUGGCCAGUGGUAGCACACCAUGUUCUAAACAUGUUGGUUGCUCUGCACUUUAUUCAGCAUUUCAUAAGUCGGGGGAAAAUCAAUGUAUGUUUCAUCCAUGUUGGAUAUUUCUAACACCCCAGCACCUACAUAUCGUUCAAGUUGAUUUUAACGUACUACCAGGAAAACAUAUAGAUGCUGAGAACGCAAGGAGCAUAUUUAAGCUGAGCAGGAUUCCACUGGCUUCAGUUCUUUUGCACCCUGCCUGUCAUUCUCUACCACAAGAAGGUUCAUUUUCAGAUGGGCAUGUGCUUCAGUUGCUCAUUGGCUAUAGGUUUGUCACAGCAGUCUUUGUCCUACCUCAUGAGAAAUUCCAUUUUCUACGGGUCUAUAAUCUUUUGAGGACACUUCUGCAAGACAUCAAAACGAUCAUUAUUUUCAAAGCUUCCAGCAGAGCAGAGCCAAUAAGAAAUUCUCUCAUUGACUCCAAAAGGCAUGGGCAAAAAGCAAGCCUUUGCAAGCCUCAUUUGCCUUUCUCAUCUCUGUAUCCGUCUGAAUUUCUGAUGCAAAAAAUUACAGAGGAGAACCAGAUACCUGUGCACCUUCCAGUCUCUUCAACUCUCCAGGAUGUGGCUGGGCUAAGGGGAAAAUCCAUUAUGGAGUUCUUCCACAGAAGCAUUGCUGAGGUGGAAAACGAGGAGCUGAGACAUCUCAUGUGGUCAUCUGUUCUAUUUUAUAAAGCUCCUGAUAUGGAAGUGACUGCUUGUGUUCUACUUUCAACUAAAGCUAUUUACUUCCUGUUGGAUGAUUCCAUGACUCAUUUUAAUGAGAACCAGUUAGGUUUUUGGAACGAUGGUGUCUUGGACUAUGAACUGACUUCUUUUCACCUCUCUUCCUGCUUGGUUCUAAAAUUAAAUGAUCUGCACUCAGUAAAUAUUGGACUUUUUGAUCAGUAUUUUCGACUUGCUGGUCGUUCAGCAGAACAUAUAUUAACUUGCCUAACCAGAGAUAGUUACAGUACUCAUGCCUUUAUCCAGCACCUUAUGGCAGUGCUGUCACUACUGGCAAGAACACCUUCACCAGAACCAGUUGAUAAGGACUUCUAUUCUGAAUUUGGAAAGAAAAAUACAGGAAAAAUGGAAAAUUAUGAACUGAUUCACUCUAGCAGAGUGAAGUUUAUCUAUCCCAAUGAAGAAGAAAUUGGGGACCUUGCUUAUCUCGUAGCAGAGAAGAUGGACAGUGUGGUUAACUUCCAGUCUCUAAAUAUACUCCUUUAUGUGUUGGCUUUUCAAGUGACUGCUGCAGAAGGGACUGCUCAAUCCAAUAGGUCACUUCAACCUAAAACAUUGAUCUUAACCAGCUCAGAUUUGUUCCUGUUCAAUGAGGAUUACAUCAGCUAUCCACUUCCAGAAUUUGCUAAGGAACCACCAAAGAAAGACAAAUACCAGCUAACAGACGGAAGAAGGAUCCGUGAUUUAGAUCGAGUGCUCAUGGGCUAUCAGACAUAUCCUCAGGCGCUCACAUUUGUCUUUGAUGAUAUUCAGAAUCAAGACCUCAUGCAAAACCUCACCCUAGACCACUUUGGCAACGUUCUCAGCUUCCCCAAAGGGCAGGUUACCCAGGAGGGCAACAGCAGCCGGGAGGUCUUGUGGUGUGUCUUUAUCCCAAGUCCAGAAAGCCGUGAGAAACUAAUCUCUCUGCUUGCUAGGCAGUGGGAGAUCUUAUGUGGUCGAGAACUACCUUUGGAACUCACUGGGUAGCACAGCUAUUGCAUUGUAUUCUCAAAUAAAUAUUUUAGACAUUGCCAUACUAAGGGAUCAAGCAGAAGAUUAUGAAUUAAAGCACAGUAUUGACUGAAUUAAAUAGGGUUCGACAUUCUCUCAGCAGCAAGAUAACAUGGUGUUGAAGCUUACCUGUGUGUUACCAUUACCAUUCCUUGUGCAGUGGAGAGUUUUUAAAUAAUACAACAUACUCAGCUAAACUGUUGAACUGAUAUUUUCUAAACUUUAUUUUUAUGUAAUGGCACAUUUCCAGGACUCCUAAUUAAGCAUCCCAGGUGACUGUAUGGAACAAAGGAGUCAACACUUGGCAUUCUUUCACUGAGGGCUGUUAUGUUUGUACUGUGGUUUUGUAUAUAUUUAUUGGUCUUGCUAUGUUAUACAGACACUGUGUAAAUAAUGGUAACAAAAGCUGCUGCUUGUGCUUUGUCAAAGUGCAAUGUUCUUUGUACAAGAUAUAUUUUAUUGCCGAAGCUGCUAAUGAUAAUUUAAUGACCGUCCUGAUAAUUUUACAUUUUGCCUUUUAUGACGUGUCAAAUUUAAUUUUGUUUGCUAAUCAUGAACAUGAGAGCAAAAUUGACCCAUAAUUGAAAGCUGCUUUUACAUCUUAUGGACACUUUGAAUAUUUGCAUAGUUAUUAGUUUUAUUUAACUAUUCUAGGCCUAAAAUUCAGCCAGGACUGCUAAUUGCCUGCUGCCAGCAAAUGAUGAGACACGUGUAGUUCAGAGCACCAUUUCUUUUGCCAUCUUUCUCAAUACAAAUAAACUGAAAUUUGACACA